UUAGGGCAAUGUCGCUGAGGCAAUGUUGACGAGGAAUACUUUCUCAUUGAGGUUGGGCAAUAAUUUUCUAUCUGACCACUUUGGAUACUUAAACGGCAAUUUUUGAGAUCAUCCAAUCAGAAUGCUGGCAACGAGUCACAUGACCAUCUGUGAGCGUCUGAAAUUUCCAAUAAAGAUGGCGGCGUCUCAGCGACAGUGGAGCGAAGAAAAAGAGAGGCUGCUGAUCUCUUUUUAUAGCGAACAUGAGUACUUGUGGAACCCGAGGGCGAAACAGUACAAGAACCGAGACGUCAAGAACAACGCCUACAAGGAGCUCUGUCAGCAGCUCACAGAUGAGCAGCAAGUGAUAAAUGAGGAAGAUGUGAAGAAAAAGUUCAAAAACCUUCGGACUGUCUUCACACGGGAGCACAGCUCGGUGCUUAAGAGCAACAAGUCUGGGGCUGGAGCUGACGAUGUGUAUGUCCCGAAGUGGAAAUAUUACCAGGUCUUAUCCUUUCUCCGUGAUACCUGUAACCCUGAUGAAAGUUCAGACAAUCUAGAUCCAGCUGUUCCAACAACCUCCCAGACCCCAGAAAACACGGCACCUCUUUCUCCAACUUCAUCUCGCCCUGAUAACCACACUGCUGUGUCUGACCCAAAAAACAAAAAAUCAGAUAAAAAACAACAACUAGACAAGGCUUCUGAUGCCAUGGACUAUGCCAUUGGUGUUCUCAAAAGAAAGGCCUCUUCACCACAUGCAGGGUUUUUGCAUUAUCUAGAGAGUGUGUUGGAUGACAUGUCAGAGAGCAAAACUAAAAAACUUAAAAGGCAAAUAAUUGAUUUGGCCCACAGUGUGUUAGAGGAAGAAUAGUAUGUCUAUUUAACUGUGUCAAUGUACAUAUGCCAGAUUGGCUGAAAAUAAAAUAAACAUGCAUG